AGAGUCAGAAGGGCUCUCAAUCCUAUCAGAGAACACCCACACUCAGUCGUAGUCACUGAGGGACAGUGGGCCAACUUCUCCUGUGGCAUCAAAAUCCCUGGCAGUAUUAGAUGGAGGAUUUGGGACUUCACCAAUGAUGGCUACGUCUACAACACCGCGGGGAGUCUCCCUGAGUUGGAGGGAGUGACGGCAAGGAGGUUGUUUGCCCCUGAUAUUACAGGGAGGAUCCUCACUGAGACCAUCGGCGUACUGGCUACUGCUGAGAUGGAUGGAGUACCAGUUGAGUGUGUGUAUCGCCAUCCAAUCCUUGGCACGAGAGACAGUUACAGCAAGUUUGCCCUCAUCCAGGACCCGAAUAUAUUUUAAAAGCCUAUUCCUUGGCAUAGCACAAUUCAACCCGUGAAGUUAAAAGAUGAAAAAUAGCAUAUCCAAAUAUACCCACACGCCAUUCCCAAAUGAAAAUACUGUACCCAAAAAGCACUACAGUGUGGGAAAAUCACUUCUCAUCUCUCAGUAAGUCAAGAAUCACCGACACCUGUGAGGUCCAGGCCUUGCAGAGGGAAAUAAUGUCACUAACCACUGCUUCUCGUUCCCAUGAGGAUUAUGUGUUCGAUGUAGAAUUUGUUGUUGAAGAAGUUUCAAAGGCUAUCUCAAAACUACCCAACCGUAAAGCUACUGGACCAGAUGGAGUCUCCAGCGAACUCCUAAAGUUUGGUGGCAGUCUUCUGAGAACUUG